AUGGAGGCCGUGCCAUGUCCGAGACCCGAGCAUCCCAACCCCCUCUUCGAGCGCCGCGAGUGGCGGAGCUUGAACGGUGCGUGGGACUUCGGCAUUCGGCCGGCGAAAGAUGGCAAAAAUCCCGUGAAGGCGCCCGACACCUGGGACGGAGAGAUCUUGGUGCCUUUCUGCUUGCAGUCGCCCCUUUCGGGGGCCUUGGCGAAGCUGUCGGUGAAACGGAAGAAGCUGCUUGGGCUUGCUGGUCCGCCCUGUGCCCCUGGCUUGGGGAAGAGAUACGAGUUAUGGUAUCGACGGUGCCUGCGACUGCCAAGCAACUGGCGAACCGGGGCGGAUGAAGCUGCAAGGCAGCGUGUCAUCCUGCACAUCGGUGCCUGCGACUACACCUGUGUGGUGAUUGUCAACGGAGUGACGGUUGGGAAGCCACACAUUGGCGGCAGCACGGCCUUCGAGUACGACAUCACGGAGGCCCUCCGAAACACAUCGGAGGACACCGUGCUGAUCAAGUGCGCCGACCACGAGGAGAUGUCCUCCGGGGCCAUGGAGCCCAGGGGGAAGCAGCUGGUCUCAAAAGCCUACGCUGGCAAAGGCCCCCACGUGCCGACGCUGUAUUCGAACGUCACGGGGCUCUGGCAGAGCGUUUGGGUCGAGCUGGUGGCCCCGCGCCGGCUGCGGCGGGUACAGUGUGCCCCCAGGUGCCUCAACAGCCCCGAGCAGGAGAUGGACACUUGGGAACUGGAGAUCUGCCCUGAGCUGCCGGAGGGCUGCCCUGCAUCGUGGCUCGAGAUUGAGAUCAUUCUCUUCCUGGAUUCCCAAAGGAAGGUGCCGCUGGCGCGCACCAGCACAAAACUGCCAGUCUCGUCCUUCCGGCUUCAAAUUCCGAAGGGUUUUGUGCGGCUCUGGGGUCCCGGCAGCCCCUACCUCUACGGGUUGAAGUAUCGGCUUUUCGACGCAGGCACCGUGGUGGACGAGGUCAUGUCCUACACUGCACUUCGCGUGGUGUCCAUACGAGGUGACGAGAUUCUGCUCAACAGGCGGCCGCUCUUCUUGCGACUCGUCCUGGACCAGGGGUACUACCCUGACGGGCUCUGGACGGCUCCGGCUAAAGAGGCGCCAAAGGGCCAAGAGAUGGGGAUACUAUAG